ACGGGCCGGCGUGUACGCUAUAUAUAGAGGCGGAGGCAGCGGCGGCGGCGACGGCGGCCGAGUGCGAGACAGGGAGCGCGAGCGGGAGAGCAGCGAGGCGCCUGCGCGGUGUCCGGGCCCCCGAGCCCGCGGCGCUGAGCCAGCCGGGACGGACAUGCGCGGGAGGGCGCCCUGGGGCAGCCGCCGCUCCUCCCGGGGAAUGAAAGCUACUGGUUGAUUUAAAAAUCCCUGGGCCUCACAAGUUUGGAGACAUCCCAGAAUAAGGCACAAUGUCAACAGCAGGAGUUGCUGCUCAGGAGAUUAGAGUCCCAUUAAAAACUGGAUUUCUACAUAAUGGCCAAGCCAUGGGCAACCUGAAGACCUGCUGGGGUAGUCGCAGUGAGUUUAAAAACAACUUUUUAAAUAUUGACCCCAUAACCACAGCCUACAGUCUGAACUCUCCUGCUCAGGAGCACCUAACAUCCUUUGGGCAUACUUCAAAAUCUGUUCCGAUGAAUGGCCACUACUUUGCAGAAAAUGGUCCAUCUCAAAAGUCCAGCUUGCCCCCUCUCAUUAUUCCCCCAAGUGAAAACUUGGGACAACAUGAAGAGGAUAAAAUUGUCUGUGGUUUUAAGAAACUCUCAGUGAAUGGGGUUUGUGCCUCUACUCCUCCUCUUACACCCAUAAAAAACUCCUCUUCACUUUUCCCCAGUACAACUCUUUGUGAACGGGGUUCUAGGCCCCUUCCACCAUUGCCAAUCUCUGAAGACCUCUCUCUGGACGAGACAGACUGUGAGGUAGAAUUCCUAACUAGCUCAGAUACAGACUUCCUUUUAGAAGACUAUACACUUUCUGAUUUCAAAUACGAUGUUCCUGGCAGGCGAAGCUUCCGUGGGUGUGGACAGAUCAAUUAUGCAUAUUUUGAUACCCCAGCUGUUUCUGCAGCAGAUCUCAGCUGUGCAUCUGACCAGAAUGGAGGUGUCCCAAGUCCAAAUCCUCCUCCGCCUCAAACCCACCGAAGAUUAAGAAGGUCUCAUUCAGGACCGGCCGGAUCCUUUAACAAACCAGCCAUAAGGAUAUCCAGCUACAUACACAGAGCUUCUCCUAACUCUGAUGAAGACAAACCUGAGGUUCCCCCCAGGGUUCCCAUACCUCCUAGGCCAGUAAAGCCAGAUUAUAGAAGGUGGUCAGCAGAAGUUACGUCCAGCACCUACAGCGAUGAAGACAGGCCUCCCAAAGUACCACCAAGAGAACCUUUAUCCCGGAGUAACUCCCGCACACCGAGUCCUAAAAGCCUUCCGUCUUACCUCAAUGGGGUCAUGCCCCCGACACAGAGCUUUGCCCCUGAUCCCAAGUACGUCAGCAGCAAAGCUCUGCAAAGACAGAACAGUGAAGGAUCUGCCAAUAAGGUUCCUUGCAUUCUGCCCAUUAUUGAAAAUGGGAAGAAGGUUAGUUCAACACAUUAUUACCUACUACCUGAGAGACCACCGUACCUGGACAAAUAUGAAAAAUUUUUUAGGGAAGCAGAAGAAACAAACACAAGCACCCAAAUCCAGCCGUUACAUGCUGACUGCAAUAUGGUUUCAGCCACAGAAAAGCUGGACUCAAAAACAAAAAUGGAUCUGGGUGGCCAUGUGAAGCGUAAACAUUUGUCCUAUGUGGUUUCUCCUUAGACUUCGGGGGUGUGGUUCAGCAAAGGUUAUGUAGGAGCAAAUGGUUCUCAAUUUUCCAGUUUGAUUGAGGUUCACGGAAAAAUCUUUCAGAUUGCGAAGUAAAAUAGUUGAACUCUCUGUCUUAAUGAGAAAAAUUUAGAGCAGUUGAAAGAUGCUGUUAUGCUGAGAAUCCCUGGUUUUGUUAGCGAUGGAGAAAAGUCUAUUCAAGUCUAUAAUUUAAAGAUGUGAUGGUGGGAGGGAAGGACGGGGAAACUUUUUAUAUAUGCAUACAUUAUAUACCUAUAUAUAACUUGUGGUAUAACCAUAGAGCAUAGUUGCAGGUUAACCAAUUAGUUACUAUCUUAGAGUAAUAUAUAUUCAGAAUAGCAGAAACUCAACCUGGAGAAAUGAGUCCUGGUAGACUGAAAAUUGAGCAAAUGGAAGAAAAUACAGUAUUGUUUAGAUCAGAAUCAUUUUAAAAAUUAUUUUUGUUUUGUAGGUUUGAAGAUUUCUGGCUUUUAGGCCUGUUCUAUUUUGUUUCAUUUAUUUUUACAAGCAGUCUUUUCCAUUGAGGGCAGGGUGUGCAUUCUUUACCAUGACUGCACCUGCCUAGUUUAAAGUCGUCCCACAGCCUAAUUCCAGGUCUCAUUUUUUGUCUUGUUGAGGGGAGAGAUAGCAGUUUAUUUGGCAACCAUACUGUCACCUGUACAUGUCUCACAUCUUGAAAAAUGAAAAGAGAAUUAGUGAAUAAUUUUUUCUUACAAUUCCUGCUUGAUUUCCACCCACUGAAACCACCCGGUGUAGCGUGGGCCUCACAGACGCAGUGGGAUACAUGAGACUCAAAUGGAAAAGUAUACUAGGUGCCAGUGGUUAGGAUGUCAGUUUGACAAAAUAAUGAAGCAAUUAGCCAUGUGAUUGAGAGUUAUUGUGUGGGGAUGUAUGUUAUGGUUUUUGUUUUUGUUUUUGUUUUUUUAGACUGUAUUAAUAAACAAAUACAACACAAGCUGGCCUUGUGUUGCUGGUUCCUAUUCAGUAUUUCCUGGGGAUUGUUUGCUUUUUAAGUAAAACACUUCUGACCAAUAGCACAAUAUGUCUUACUACCAUCAGCAUCUUUCUGCUUUGAGAACCCUCACAGCUGGCUGCUUCACCUAGGUGCAGGGAGACACACAGCGUUGUGUUCACGUCCCACAUCCUUCGCUGUAUUUAUCUUGAGUAGAUAAGCACAGGAGAGAAGGUGCUCACUAACAGAGGUACGUUACUACAAUGUUCUCUUAAUAGUUAAGCUGUUUACAGUUUAAACUGCUGAAUAUUAUUUGAGCUAUUUAAAGCUUAUUAUAUUUUAGUAUGAACUAAAUGAAGGUUAAAACAUGCUUAAGAAAAAUGCACUGAUUUCUGCAUUAUGUGUACAGUAUUGGACAAAGGAGUUUAUUCAUUUUGUUGCAUUAUUUUGAAUAUUGUCUUUUCAUUUUAAUAAAGUUAUAAUAUUUAUGACA